AUGAAUGCAGGAGAUGUAGAGUUGAUCUCCAAAUCCAUCCUGAAGCCAUCCUCUCCAACUCCCCAAACACACAAAACCCUCAAACUCUCAUUUUUCGACCAAUUAGUCCCGCCGUUUUACGUCCCCGUCAUCUUCUUCUACCCGGCCGACAAAACCCGGUCACCGGCCCUGGCCAAAACCUCGGACCCCGCCCAUAUCUCCCACCGUCUGAAACAAUCCUUCUCCCACGCCCUCUCUCUAUUCUCCGCACUCGCCGGAAAACUCGACCCCGAGAACCCGGCCGCCGUCCAAUGCUGCGACGCCGGCGCCCGUUUCAUAGAGACCCGAGUCCAUGCCCACUUAACAGACGCCAUCAAAGACCCGGACAUGGAAAACCUCAUUAAGUACCUCCCGGCAGACCCCCACAGCGUCAUUCACGAGAGCUCCCUGCUGGCCGUGCAGAUCAAUUUCUUCGACUGUGGCGGGAUUGCACUUGGGGUUUGCUCUUCCCAUCAGGUCACCGACGGGUCCUCUCUGGUGGCGUUCAUGCUCACCUGGGCCGAGAUUUGCCUCCGUGGCGGCCAGGGACAAGACCGUAAAUUCCCCCAACGGGCAGAGUUCGAUCUGGCUCGUCAUUUCCCGCCCAGAGACCCGUCGGAUCCCGGAUUCUCGCACUCCAUCUACUUGAAGAAGGAGAAUCUCGUGACCAAAAGGCUCGUUUUCGACCGGGAGAAACUGGCGGCUCUCAGAAGAAGAGCCGCUACUAGGUCGGGGUCGAAGAAAGUGGACCACCCGACCCGAGUGGAGCUCGUCUCGGCUUAUAUCUGGAAAAAUGUAAUAGAAAUAGGCCUGGCGAAAAACAUCCAGCUGUCGGCCGCGUGGCAUGUCUUGAACUUGAGGCCGAGGGUCACGAGCUGCAAACUGAAAAAUGUGUUUGGAAAUUGCAUUAUGAAAAAGUAUAUCUAUUCGGAAGGUGGAGGAGAGCCGGUAUUUCGCAACCUGGUGAGUAAAAUGGGGAAGGGGCUUAGAGAAAUCGAUGAGGAAUACGUGCGGAAGGCGGGAGAUGGAGGUUAUUUGGAUGAUUUGAGUAAAUACUUUGAUUUGGUGGGGAGUGGGAAAAUCGAGACGUGCGGGUUUAGCAGUUGGUGCCGGUUUCCGGUUUACGAUGUGGAUUUUGGGUGGGGGAAGCCGGAGUGGGUCUGCCCGGCGAGCUGCCCUGAGAAAAAUUUCAGUUUCAUGAUGGGGGCUAAAGAUGGAGAAGGAAUUGAGCUGUGGAUUAACAUGCUGGAAUCUAGCUAUAUGCACCUUGAGAACAAAUUUAAACUCCUUGGAAAAGAAGAGAUUUGA